AUGGGGCCUGUCAGGGCCUAUGGGGCACCUGUAUGGGAUCGUGGGGCCUGUGCCCCACAGCCCCAUAUAGGCCUCAGCCCCUCGUAUCCCUGCAGUAACAUCAUCGACGUGUCGGCCGCCGACUCGCAGGGGAUGGAGCAGCACGAAUACAUGGACAGAGCCCGGCAGUACAGCACCCGGCUGGCCAUGCUGAGCAACAGCCUGACGCACUGGAAGAAGCUGCCGCUGCUGCCAUCGCUCACCAACCAGCCCCACCAGGUGCUGGCCAGCGAACCCGUCCCAUACACAGACCUACAGCAGGUGAGGGGGGUCCUGCUGCAGCCCCCACCCCAUUACAACCAUCCUCUAUGGGGCUGAACCACAGCCUCUCCC